AGCCGCCCCACCCUAGCCAGCUGACGCGCCCGGCGCUCCCCCAGUAUCCCACAAUCCUCUGCUGUGGAAACGGGCGAGUGGCCGAUGACGUGUCGAGCGAUGGGAGCCCGCAGAGCCGCGCUGCGAUGGACUCUGCUUUAGCUUAGCGGUCGCAUCGGCUCCCUUCCACACAUGCCGCUUGGCAGCCCGCGCGCUACCGCUGUCUCGCCGAUUUAGCGCAGCCAUGGUCCCGUCGCGCGGCCUCCGCGCGCUCUGCAGCGUUCUGCUCGUGGGCGUGAGCGCGCGGCUCGCGCUCGGCUUCUACCUCCCGGGUUUGGCUCCCGUCAGCUUCUGUGAGGAGAAGGAGAGGCAGCGCGGAGCGGCCGACUGCAGGUCCGAAAUUGAGCUGUUUGUGAACAGGCUGGAUUCCGUGGAGUCGGUUCUGCCGUACGAGUACAGAGCGUUUGACUUCUGUACUGUUGAAUCUGAAAACCGACCGUCGGAAAACCUGGGCCAAGUUUUAUUUGGUGAAAGAAUUGAGCCGUCUCCGUAUAAGUUUACAUUUAAUGUGAAGAAACAAUGCGUGCCGGUUUGCACGAAGACGUACAACACUAACAAUCAGGAAGACAAAGCCAAGCUGGAUUUCUUGAAGAAGGGCAUGCUUCUGAACUACCAGCAUCACUGGAUUGUGGAUAACAUGCCGGUGACAUGGUGCUACAAUGUCGAAGACAAGCAGAAGUUCUGCAAUCCUGGUUUCCCCAUUGGGUGCUAUGUGACUGGCAGUGGACAGCCCAAAGACGCCUGUGUUGUCGAUCAUAUCUUCAGCACCCAAGAUACGUUCUACAUUUUCAACCAUGUCAAUAUCACCAUUUAUUACCACAAGGUUGAGAAUGAUGGCGCAGAGGCACGGUUGGUGGCAGCAAAAAUGGAGCCUAAAAGCUUCAAAAAUGUAGAUUGCUCAGGUCCACCCAUGGAUUUGAGCAACAAAUUCACUGGAGAACUGAAAAUUCCUUAUACCUACACUGUGGACUUCGUGGAAAAUAAAGAAAUUCGAUGGGCCUCGCGCUGGGAUUAUAUCCUGGAGUCCAUGCCUCACACCAACAUCCAGUGGUUCAGCAUCAUGAAUUCCCUGGUGAUCGUCCUCUUCCUGUCUGGGAUGGUGGCCAUGAUCAUGCUACGCACGCUCCAUAAAGACAUUGCACGCUACAACCAGAUGGACUCAGUGGAGGACGCCCAGGAGGAGUUUGGGUGGAAGCUGGUCCACGGAGACAUCUUUAGACCGCCGAGGAAGGGAAUGCUGCUGUCGGUUUUUCUCGGCUCAGGCACACAAAUCUUCAUCAUGACCUUCAUAACGCUAUUCUUGGCCUGCCUGGGCUUCCUGUCCCCAGCCAACCGCGGGGCCCUCAUGACGUGCGCCGUGGUGCUGUGGGUGCUGCUGGGGGCGCCGGCCGGCUACGUGGCCGCCAGGCUCUACAAGUCCUUCGGUGGCGAAAAAUGGAAAACAAACGUACUGCUGACAGCUUUCUUAUGCCCCGGGAUUGUGUUUACGGACUUCUUCGUGAUGAACCUGAUCCUGUGGGGUGAGGGCUCCUCUGCUGCCAUGCCCUUUGGUACCCUGGUGGCCAUCCUAGCCCUCUGGUUCUGUGUGUCUGUGCCCCUCACUUUUGUUGGAGCCUACUUUGGUUUCAAAAAGAGAGGGAUUGAGCAUCCAGUCCGCACAAACCAGAUCCCUCGCCAGAUUCCCGAGCAGUCCUUCUACACCAGGCCCCUUCCAGGUAUCAUCAUGGGAGGAAUCCUGCCCUUUGGGUGUAUCUUCAUCCAGCUCUUCUUCAUCCUCAACAGUAUCUGGUCACACCAGAUGUACUAUAUGUUUGGCUUCCUCUUCUUGGUCUUUAUCAUCCUGGUGAUCACGUGCUCAGAAGCCACCAUCCUGCUCUGCUACUUCCACCUGUGCGCCGAAGACUACCACUGGCAGUGGCGCUCCUUUCUGACCAGUGGCUUCACAGCCGCCUACUUCCUGGUGUACGCCAUCCACUACUUCUUCUCCAAACUCCAGAUCACCGGACUUGCCAGCACUAUCCUCUACUUCGGCUACACCAUGAUCAUGGCCCUGAUCUUUUUCCUCUUCACAGGAACAAUUGGAUUCUUUGCCUGUUUUUGGUUUGUUACCAAGAUCUACAGUGUGGUGAAAGUGGACUAAGAGCGCUGGUGUGCAGGUAGUACAAUGUACACGGACUGUUUCCUCCAUCUGCUGUCAUCGUUGAGAUGCAGUAACCCUGAAAAACUGAGUUUUUAAGUGUCUCCAAAUAUAUCUGUUUGCACCUCUCAGAAAUGAUCAAGGUGAAGUGAAUAGUGUACGCAUUACUGGGUCACUGAGCACUACGACUUCUGAAGAACUGGUUGCUUGUAAUUCGCCGAAGUAUUAUUACCCAGAAACGCAAGUCUAGAUAGUAACAUUUAUUAUAUAAGUUGUGUGGUGAUGUUAUUGUAAAUAACUUUUCUAAUUAUGGGAAUGGUGGAGAGCAGUGGAAGUGCAGUGUUAAAAACAGUUCAUUUUUGGGGUACAAGGACUUGUAAUGUCUUUAUAUUCUUGUAUUUAGUACAGUGACUGCCAUUGCAUUAACCAGCCUGGCCUCUUACGUUACUUGUGUUUUUAACCAUAUUUUUGUGCCUCAUGAUUGCAUGGGUUAUUAAGUUUGCAGUAAAGAAUGGUGUACAGAUUUACAAAAAAAAAAAUCUGUGCUCGACCAUUGAUCUAUGUAUAGCCGUGCAAGAAGAAUGCUAAAGAAUAGAGGCACACUGGCUCCCAAAAAAAUCCCCAAACACCCUAGACGUUUGGUGUAAAUGUCACAGUUUCAUAACACACGCUGACAUUUGUGUGAUGGGAUUAACCUGUGAGUCGACGCAGCUGCUGAUGAUGUGUGGCGUUUGUCUGAUCGUGGAGCCUUGAGCAUCCUACCCGAACACUGCUAAGGGCCCUUUGCUGAACCGGUCCUUCGCAUCCUCCACAAACACUCAAGUUUCGUCUUGUUUUGUUUUUUUUGUUUUUUUUUUUUUUUUUUCUUUUCUUCUUUCCCUAUUUUAUAAAUGUGCUUCAGACAGUGUAACAUAUUUCACUUUGGUUUGGACCUCAGUGUGUGAUGAGAGGACAGGCCAUUAGUAACAAUGUGCAUUUCAUCUAAACAGUGUUUUGGUGACUCAUAAAUUUGAACAUUUACACUAUAUAAUUGCAAUCUCCAAUUAUAUUGUUUAAUAUUAAUGCUUGUUAGAAAUUGUUGCCAUUUUUAAAAUUUGUCAGUGUUUUAUGUUGUUUUAAAUCUGACUCCAGCAUUAAUGAAGC